ACUGUACAGCUGCCCCUUGCCAAUUCCCAGCGGACGGGACAUGAGUGUCUCUGGGCCGCCGCCCCCGGACAGGGUCCUGCCAGGGCCACUUGACGGCCUGGGGGCCGAGGACAUCACGCCUGGUUUAAGCGACACUUCUCCAGAUGAAGGGUUAACAGAGGACUUGAACAUAGAAGACAAAGCUGUGGAGCAGCUGGCAGAAGGAUUGCUUUCUCACUACUUGCCAGAUCUGCAGAGAUCAAAACAAGCCCUCCAGGAACUCACACAGAACCAAGUUGUAUUAUUAGACACACUGGAACAAGAGAUUUCAAAAUUUAAGGAAUGUCAUUCUAUGUUGGAUAUUAAUGCUUUGUUCACUGAAGCUAAACACUAUCAUGCCAAGUUGGUGAAUAUAAGAAAAGAAAUGCUGAUGCUUCAUGAAAAGACAUCAAAGUUAAAAAAAAGAGCACUUAAACUUCAGCAGAAGAGGCAAAAAGAAGAGUUGGAAAGGGAGCAGCAACGAGAGAAGGAAUUUGAAAGAGAAAAACAGUUAACUGCCAAACCAGCAAAAAGGACCUGAGAAGUUGGAUGUUUGUAUCUGUCCUUCUCCUAUUCAUGUUCUUGAUUUAAGAUGACCCAGUGCAGACUGAAGUUAAGGUAGUGCCUUAUACCGUUGUGUUGAGUUUUGAAAUCCUUUUCUCAGGAGUGCUGUUUAUCUUCAUUUCAGCCAUUCAAGAAGCUUUCUUCCCUAAGUA